AAGUCUCCCCACACAGGAAAUACAGCCAGCCAGCCUGUUCCUGCUACAGUCCGCGGAUGGGCUGUGUGUGACGAUGAAGAUUGCCCAGAGGCCCAGGGAGACAGAGUUCCCAUAAUGGGGAAAUCAGAAAGUCAGAUGGACAUUGUGGAGAAAGCGGCCAGGCCCGGGCGGAGAUCGUGGAGUUGGCCGGAGCUGGGGCUGACCGUCCUGGCGCUGUUCAUGGCGGGUGGGCUGGUGAUGCUAGGAAUCCUGUACGUGGACAGCAAAGGGGGUCCAGUGAGGCAGUUUUCUAUUCCACGUUGGGUCUCAAGCCAAGAGGAGACCACUUUGAGGCGAGAAGCCCGAGGGUCGCAGGCAACCCCCAGUCUGGAAGCCGUGUGCCUCAGCCCUGGCUGUGUGGUAGCAGCCUCCAGGAUCAUCCAGAACAUGGAUGCCACUGCCGAGCCGUGCCGGGACUUCUACCAAUAUGCCUGCGGCGGGUGGUUGGACCGGAACGUGAUCCCCGAAGCCAGCUCCAGGUACAGCGUCUUCGACACCCUGCGGGACCAGCUAGAGAUCAUCCUCAAAGGUGUACUAGAAGAGCCACACCAAGGAGACAGAGAAGCGAUCCAGAAAGCAAAGACGCUUUAUAAGUCCUGCAUGAACGAGAGUGUCAUAGAGGAGCGGGACUCCCGGCCGCUCCUGGAAGUCCUGGCUGCGGCCGGGGACUGGCCUGUGGCCACGGAUGAUUGGAAUCGCACCAAAGCUCCCAGAUGGACAGUGGAGGAGAAGCUGGCACUGAUGAAUUCCCGCUUUAACAAGCGUCUCCUCAUCGACCUGUUUGUGCGGAACGACGACCGGGACUCCAGCAGAUGCAUCAUCUAUAUCGACCAGCCCACCUUGGGGAUGCCAUCCCGGGAUUACUACUUCAACGGCGGCAAUUACCAAAGGGUGAGAGAGGCGUACCUGAGCUUCAUGAUCGCCAUGGCCACAAUGAUCCGCAGCGAUCUGAACCUGACUCGCGAUGACCGCUUUGUCCAGGAGGAGAUGGCCCGGGUGAUGGAACUGGAGACUGACAUCGCCAAUGCGACUGUCCCCCAAGAGGAGCGGCAUGAUGUCACCCUGUUGUACAAUAAAAUGACCCUUCCGGAGCUCCAGGAGAAAUUUUCCCUGAAGGACUUUAACUGGACCCUCUUCAUCCAGAGGGUCAUGGCAUCUGUGGGUGUCCUGAUCCGCCCGCAGGAGGAGGUGGUAGUGUAUGGGGCGCCCUACCUGCGGAAGCUCCAGGCAAUCAUCACCAGCUACUCUGCCAGUACCAUCCAGAACUAUCUGAUCUGGCGCCUGAUCAUCGACCGGGUCAGUAGUUUGAGCCGGAGGUUCAAGGACGUUCGGGCCAACUACCGCAAGGCUCUGUACGGAACCACCGUGGAGGAAGCGCGGUGGAGGGAGUGCGUGAGCUUCGUCAACAACAACAUGGAAAACGCGGUCGGUGCCCUCUACGUCAAGGAGGCCUUUGCUGGGGAGAGCAAGAGGAUGGUCAGAGAACUGAUCGACAAAAUCCGUGAGGUGUUCAUCGAAACCCUGGAGGAGCUUCAGUGGAUGGAUGAAAAGUCCAAGAAGAAGGCCCAGGAAAAGGCCCUGGCCAUUAGGGAGCAGAUUGGCUACCCUGACUACAUUUUGGAAGACCACAAUGACAAGCUGGACCGGGAGUAUUCCAAUUUAAACUUCACGGAGCACAAGUUCUUUGAGAAUGUGCUGGAAAGCCUGACAGCCAGCGCCCAGAAGAACCUGAGAAAACUGCGGGAACGAGUUGACCGAGAUGUGUGGAUCAUCGGGGCAGCGGUGGUCAACGCUUUCUACUCUCCGAACCGGAAUCAGAUUGUCUUUCCGGCCGGGAUCCUCCAGCCUCCUUUCUUCAGCAAGCAGCAGCCACAGUCCCUGAAUUUCGGGGGGAUCGGGAUGGUGAUUGGGCAUGAGAUCACUCACGGCUUCGAUGACAACGGCAGAAAUUUCGACCGGGACGGGAACAUGCUGGACUGGUGGAGCGGCUUCUCGGCGGAGCACUUCAAGGAGCAGUCGGGCUGCAUGGUCCACCAGUACGGGAGCUACACUUGGGACCUGGCUGGCGGGCAGAAAGUCAGCGGGAUCAACACGCUAGGAGAAAACAUCGCCGACAACGGAGGCAUCCGACAGGCUUACAAGGCCUACCUGAAAUGGCUGGAGCAAGAAGGGGAGGAGCCCAAGCUACCCGGCCUCAACCUGACGCAUAAACAGCUUUUCUUCCUCAACUUUGCCCAGGUCUGGUGUGGCUCCUAUAGGCCCGAAUAUGCGAUCCAGUCCAUAAAGACGGAUGUCCACAGCCCCCUCAAAUACAGAGUGGUUGGAUCCUUGCAGAACUUUGAGGCUUUCUCAGAUGCCUUCCACUGUCCAAAGGGCACAGUCAUGCACCCUUCAGAGAAAUGCCGAAUCUGGUAACCAGAGAGCACCGUGGCCCAGACGUACAAGCCCGGCUCCAACCCCCGCUGCUCCGGGGUCCAAGCCCUCAAGAGAACUUGAGACACUCAACUUUGCU